AUGUUCUCCUGCAAAGCCUGUACACGGCGAGCUCUCGCCACCCUCCUGGAGAGCUCGCUACCUUUGGGUGCAAACCGCAUCCCGUUGCGAACAUGUACUGCACCGAACUCAGCAGCCGCCGUCAGAACUUAUGCGACGACAACUGCUUUUGCGACCCAAGAGUCACCGUUCGAGGAUUUCAACGAGAGAAACGAUGACAAUUCUACCGGGAAACCAAGGUCCAAGAAGUCAAAAAAGUCCAAGCAACCAGUCUCCAAGUCAAAGGAGGUCUCCGUGAGGCAGCGCUUGCAAUACAUGGACGACCCAUUUCACAUUGCAAACGAAGUCCAGAGAAUACUGGCGCAGGAUCGAUUUGAAGAGGCUGUGCUCCUGACUAGGGAGGCAAGCAAAAAGUACAAGACGACUGUUGCGUGGAAUCACUUGAUCGACUACCAAAUGAAGAAUCUCAAACUACACGCCGCCAUCAAGACAUUCAACGAAAUGAAGAAGCGGUCCCAGCUACCCAACGCCCAGACCUACACCAUCAUCUUCAGCGGCUGCGCCAUGUCGCCUCACCCAAAGCUGGCCGUGUCCGAGGCAGUCAGGAUAUACAACAACAUGUUAACUAGCGAGCGCCUCAGCCCAAACGUCAAGCACAUGAAUGCCGUUCUCUACGUGUGCGCCAAGACGGAAGAUAUCGAGACCAUGUUCACCAUUAUCAAGACUGCCGAUGACAAGGAGAGACCUCCCAACAAUCUGACCUACACCACCAUUCUCAAUGCUCUACGCGCCGUUGUCGACAAGCCGCAGCGCCGAGACAUGCCCAUACCCGACAGAACCGAAGAAAUCCAAGUGACCAUCCGGCGGGCCAAGGGAAUAUGGGAUGACGUUAUGAGAAAAUGGCGUGAAGCCACUCUCAUAGUUGACGAGGAGCUUGUUUGCGCCAUGGGCCGAAUCCUACUCAUGGGCAACUUUCACGAUAAUGACGCCGUCUUUUCCCUGGUCGAGCAAACCAUUGGCAUACCCAAUGACCCCGAGAGGCUGAGUAGCUUGGCCUGGAAGGCUGUCAAGGGAGAGCGAGAGGCCUUGUCAGAUGAAAAGGAAGGUACAGAGAGCUCUCGGACCGCUGCUGUCACUGUCGAAGACCAGAGUCGUUCAUUAACCCAAGUACAACCUGGUAAUAAUACUCUAUCAAUGGUCAUGACGGCCAUUGAAAACAGUGGCAAAACGAAUCUCGCGCGUCGUUAUUGGAUCAUCUUGACCAAGACCUUUGGCAUUGUUCCCGAUGCCAACAACUGGUAUGCUCUGCUCCGUGCUCUGCGCCGCGGCAAGAGCAGCACCAAGACGGCUGAAUAUCUGGCUGAAAUGCCCAAGUACAUGAUGUCAGUCAAGGUCUUCCGCACAGCCAUGCUCACCUGUGUGCGUGACAACCUCAACAAGUCCUCCUUUAACAAUGCCACUCGCAUUCUGGAAAUCAUGAUUACCGCCAUUCGUAUUCCGGACAUGAUAGUCUUGCGCAACUACUUGCGCGUUGCCUAUGCCAACCGUCGUCUGUUUGAAGAAAUGGCCGAGCAGAAAGAUCCAAAUGCCGCCAAGCUGGCUUGGGGUCGCCAAAUGUGUACUGCUCUCGAGAAUCUGUGGGAGCCCUAUCAGAUAGCCGCCAAAGAGCUCACACAUGGCGGCCUGGCACCUGUCAAGGACGAGCAAUCCGUUACAGAUGGCGACAAGCAGAUUUGGACCAAGGAAGUUGGUCUCAGAACAGAGUUGGCUGCUCUGGCCAGAAAGAUGAUUGCUGCCCAUGACAGACUCAUAUUCGAGACCAUGGUUCCGCCCGUGGUGGCCAAACGGCUCGAACCUAGAAGAAAUGCCCUGAACCGAUUUGUCGUCAAGUAUUUCGAGGACAGGGAAAAGUUUGAGCCUGGAUGGAACAGAAAGAAGGCGGAACAGGAGGCGAGAGAAGAGCAAGAAGAUGAUUGGUGA